AUCUGUUUUCAAUUACAGUAUGUUCGAAGAAGGAAAAAUAGAUUGUGUGUGUUUGUUUGAAAGAAUUCAAGAGGCGGAAGGCAUAAAUCGAACUCAUAGGGAGGUCAACUGUCGAUGAAGGUGGUGCUAACACAAAUUGAAGUGCCACUUGAUUCCGGUGCUCCAUUGCUAUGUGCUGGGAUCACAACUUACAACCCCCUCAAACACUACGGACCAGACAAGCCCGGUAUGAAGAUCAUGAUAGUUGGUCUUGGUGGACCCGGUCAUGUUGCAGUGAAGAUAGGCAAGGCUUUUGGGGCUGAAGUUAUGGUUUUUAGUACGACCCUAGUGAAGACGGAUGAAGCACUUGGCGGACUUAAAGCUGACCAUUUCAUUGUUAGCAAAGACUUAGACCAAAUGCAGGUCAACAACACCCCCUUCUACUUGGAACAAGUUAUUUGUUUUCAUUGGAUUAAUGGUUAAUGUUUUGAAUGUCAUCCAAUGUGGAUUGAGACCAUUUAUGAGCACUUUGCUCUCAUACAAUCACACAAGCCUGUACUCGGAGUCUUAGCCAACAUUUUCUCCAA